UCGGCACUAGCACAGAAGGCGAGACCCUGGAGCUCGAAUACCUGGGGAGGAACUUACGUGUUCAAGAGAAAGUUAUUUCACCGACUCCUUCGUCACAAACACCGCCAGUACUACUGCCCAGACGUCGCCAUUGGAUCUUGUACUCCAUCGCAAGGUCGCUAUCCUUCGCUCGAACCGACACGUCACACCGAAAGGCGCAUAGAUCCCCGCAGAGCAGCUGGUUCCUGCGACUAACCCCAGAGCCGAAUCAUCGACCACUACAGACGACAUGGGUCUCAAAGCAUUGAUCCUCGUCGGAGGCUUUGGUACGCGUCUGCGACCAUUGACCCUCACCCUCCCGAAGCCCCUUGUCGAGUUCGGCAACCGCCCUAUGAUUCUCCACCAGAUCGAGGCUCUCGCAGCAGCCGGCGUUACCGAUAUUGUGCUCGCAGUAAACUACCGACCUGAGAUGAUGACGGCAGCGCUGAAGAAGUACGAGGAACAAUACGGUGUCAAGAUUGAAUACUCGGUGGAGACUGAGCCUUUGGGCACGGCGGGUCCGCUCAAGCUUGCGGAGCGCAUUCUCGGAAAGGGCGAUGAACCAUUCUUCGUUCUCAACUCCGAUGUCAUCUGCGAGUAUCCAUUCCAAGAGCUUGCUGACGCACACAAGGCACAUGGUGGGGAGGGUACCAUUAUUGUGACCAAGGUGGAGGAGCCAUCGAAAUACGGUGUGGUUGUUCACAAGCCCGACCACCCUACACGCAUUGAUCGCUUCGUCGAGAAGCCUGUCGAGUUCGUCGGCAACCGAAUCAACGCCGGUCUCUACAUCCUCAACCCGUCGGUGUUGAAGCGCAUUGAACUGCGACCCACAUCGAUCGAGCAGGAGACGUUCCCAGAAAUGGUCAAAGAGGGGCAACUGCACUCAUUCGACCUGGAAGGCUUCUGGAUGGACGUGGGUCAGCCGAAGGACUUCCUCUCCGGUACUUGCCUCUACCUGUCUUCCCUCACCAAGAAGGGCAGCAAGCUCCUCACGUCGCCAUCGGAGCCAUUCGUCCACAGCGGAAAUGUCAUGAUCGACCCCUCCGCCAAGAUUGGCAACAACUGCAAGAUCGGACCCAACGUGGUCAUUGGACCCAAUGUGGUGAUUGGCGACGGUGUGCGGAUACAACGCUCAGUGCUGCUGGCUGGCAGCAAGGUCAAGGAGCAUGCGUGGAUCAAGAGCACUAUCGUGGGCUGGAACAGCACCAUCGGCAGAUGGGCACGCAUGGAGAACGUCUCGGUGCUUGGCGACGAUGUGUCGAUUGGCGAUGAGAUCUACUGCAAUGGCGCUUCGGUGCUUCCACACAAGAGCAUCAAGGCGAACGUCGAGACUCCCGCGAUUAUCAUGUAAGGUACAUGGACUUGCGUCCUUCUUCUUCGACUUUUGGUCAUGCCGCUUUGGCGAAGUGCCGGCUCUUCGCUCUGAUAUAUCCCACAAGGGAAAAUGCAUUGGUCCAGGCUAGAGGAGGCAUAUACAUGGCGAGGACACAGAGGCGUUUGCGGCGUAGUCGGCGCCCCCGGACGCCACGCUCGGUGGCUCGAUGUGUGACAUUGGCACAUUGCAGCCCGAUGUGGCUACCCGUCCUUGUAUUGGAGGGGUGGCGAGUCGUCCAAUGGCGAUGGAUGAAAAUGCGAGCAUGAUGAAUGCAUACUUAAUUUAUUACGCAUGUUUGCGAUGCUUGACUGGG